GAAUUCAGGUGUAGUAAGGUCCACCUACAACAUGUCUACGAUGAUAGCGCCCAUUCUCAUCACAGCAGACGAGAUAAAUUGUCUUGUACAUGCGUACUUUGAAGAUUCUGGAUUUCAGCACUCGGCGUUCAGUCUUCGCGCAGAGGCUCGCCUUGACCAGUCCAUUCAAUCCAAAAAGCAUAUACGCCGAGGUGAAUUAGUGGACCUCCUUUCCAAAGCUCUGCUCUAUAAAGAAACAGAAGCUCAUUGGAAAGGGGAUAAUAUGUCAACUAGUUGCAACAUUAACUUUUCGUUGCUUGAACCACAUGUGUGCUCGCUGGACCCCGUCGGAUCUCUCAAUGAUCCUUCUUUUCCUUCAUUAGGUUAUACUCCAGAUGUAGUUGAUUCCAGCCGUGGAAUAUGUGACGGCUCUGACUGAAGAGAAAAGCUAGCAGGUCCAUAGAACUGUCGCUAGUAUUAUCUCCUUCGGAGUCCGGAAAACAGGGAAAGCCCAAGAGGCAGUUCGUUUCUGAUGAUGAAUCUCGUCCUAAAUCAGUUCGCCUUCUGCAGGCCCACACAUCAGAGGUCUUCGUUUGCUCUUGGAACCCAAUCAUAAGAGGACAACUAGUGUCAGGUUCUAGAGAUGCUGUCCUAAAUUACUGGAACAUCCCUGUAACCGACGACGACGUAUUUGCUCAACCUCAGUUGGAUCCUGCAAUCGCAUUGACGGAUCUAGCAGCAGCAACACAAGCUGAUUUGACCUCGUUGGACUGGAAUAGCGAUGGUUCACUAUUGGCAAUCGGGUCCUAUGAUUCCAUUUUACGUAUUUGUACGGCGUCUGGUAAACUAUAUUUUUCUGAUAAUCGACAUAAAGGCCCUAUCUUUGCCGCCAAAUUUUCGCCAUCUGGUCAGUGGGUGGUCACUGCAAGUUUGGAUGGUACGUCGUGCGUGUGGGACGUCAAGAAUAGGAAGGUUCAUCGACACUACCGUAGCCAUGAAGACUGCUGCCUAGAUAUUGUUUGGCUCGAUGAUUUUACAUUUGCUAGUUGUGGGGCGGAUCGUAUGAUAUAUAUAAUGUCACUGGGAGAAACCAAGCACAUUGUAACCCUGAAGGGACAUACAAACGAAGUGAAUUCUGUGAAGUGCAGCCCUUCUAAAACUCACCUCGCCUCAUGCGCCGAUGACGGGACCGCGCGGAUAUGGGAUGUUACAGAUAUCCACAACCCAAAAUACGCGGACGAUUGUGUCAUAUUAGCAGGACAUACCUCGUGUCUUACAGGUAUUGACUGGAGCCCUAAUAGCUCUCUUGAACAUAAUGAACUAGUAGCUACUGCAUCGUUUGAUCUGACGGCGCGGCUGUGGGAUUCCAAGACGGGUGAAUGCUUGAGGGUCUUUAUGGAUCAUUUCAAGCAUGUCUAUGCCUUGUCAUUCAGUCCUGAUGGACGGCACCUUGCAACUGGCGGAGGCGACGGGUGGCUCCACAUUUAUGACACAGAGGUGAAAGAAAAGUUAUGGUCGUGGUAUACGGGUGAGAAGUCUGGUAUCUUCGAAAUAGACUGGCACAGUUGGGGGAAAGAAAGCCUGGUAUCUGUAGCACUGGAAAGCCGCGCAGUUGCGGUGAUAAAUUUCAGGAAGAUAACUGCUCCUCAGCUCGAUACUUGAAUCAUCAUGGUUCUCUAACGCUUGAGAUUGAGGAGAUUUUAUCGUCCUGAAAUGUCUUUGAAAAUGAUUUGA